CCCAUAAUAUCUUAGACGAGGUAAAUAAUGAAUAUAAGUGGAUAAAUGCCCAUCUUUAAAAGAGCCCAAGAGGAUGGACAAAAGACUCGACGUUGAACCGAGGUAGCAGGUGCCCCGUCGUAUCGUCCGCCGCCGACAUAAUUAUAUACCUUGAAAAGUUUAGCGGUACCCAACCUCAAUGUCGACAAAGGGUCUCCACCGAUUUACGCUGGAAAAAUUCUCUCUGUGCACCGGAGUCGAAUCUGAAAAGCACAUUCUCAGUGAUUCUUUUACAGUUGGUGGCCACCGGUUGGCAUUGGCCAUCUUUCCCGGUUUGGGUGUGAAUCGCGGCCAUAAUGGUGGUUGGGUCUUCUGCCUCGAUUUCCGCAUCCGGCUCCUGAGCAAAUGCCGUAAUGGGGUCCUCUGUUCCUUCCACAUAACGCUGCUCGACCAGAGUUCGGCCGGGAAAAAUGUCACACGAUCCUUUCCUUCCACGGUCGUUAUGCCCGACCAGUGCGCGGGCUAUCAUCACAUGAUGGCGAGUCACUCCCUCGACCGCUUGGGUUAUCUCCAGCACGACUGUCUGAAAUUCGAGUGCGAAAUCAAGAUUCACGAGUCGGCUGGCGGCAUUGCUCGUCCCGUGUGUGAUGUUGGUGUCGAUUUUCUUUCCAUGCUGGACACGGACGUGGGCUGUGACGUCAUUUUCAAUGUGAUGGGCAGGAGAUUCCCUGCGCACACUCCCGUGCUAAGAGCACGCUCCUCGGUUUUUGCAUCCAUACUUGACAACAAUCAUCAUCAUGGGGAAAUGGUUGUCACCAGCAUUGAGCCUCGGGUUUUUGAGUGUUUGCUGCACUUCAUAUACUCGGAUUCUCUGCCGGAGGAUGAGAAUCGGUUGUUGAUGGAUGGAUAUGCUUUUGGGCCGUCCGUUUCGGCCACUUUUGGAGCCAAAUUGCUUGCAGCUGCAGAUAAAUACGACCUCAAACGUCUCAAGAGUAUCUGUGAAGCUCAUCUGUGGAGGACCAUCUCUUUCGGACGAUUUUCAGAGAUUCUCAUACUAAGCCAACAAUGUAAUGCGUCUCAACUGAAAAAUCUAUGCUUUAAGUAUGCUUCGGAUAAUUAUGCUGAUCUUCUGGAGCUGGACAAUUUCAAAUGCCUUGAAAACAAGUGUCCCUUGCUGCUGAAGGAGAUGAAUAAUUAUACUCAAACAAGCAUCUAAUAAGUGAGAUUAAGGACAAGAGUCUUAUUAGGUUAUUUGUUUGAUUAGUGCAUGUCAUUUUGGGUUUUAGAGAGUAAAUUGGAAAACUAGUGUGAGGGAGGAACAAUGCGAAUAGCAUUUGAUUGGACCUUGUUACUAUAUAACAUUGCUGCUCUUUCUCGCUGUUUCAAACUUGUUUGCUCCUUCAAUUUUAUUUUUUUUUUCCUUUUAUUAUUAAUCCAAAGAUGUAGAAUUCCAAAUAUUUUGUAAUUUCUCUGUGGCCUACCAUCGUUCGAGGGA